CAGCAUGUGUGUCCCAGGUGUAAGAAACAAUAUAAGUUUCAAACGUCUCUUGCCCGUCACCUUAAAUAUGAAUGUGGCCAGAUGCUAACUGUUCCACACAUACAAAGCUGGGCUGCUCCAGACAGCAAUUGGAAUCAGCAGUAUUCAUGCCCUAAUUGCUUCAAAGUAUAUCGCUGGAUGAUCUCAUUGCGCAGACAUAUGAGAUUAGAAUGUGGAAAAGAGGGAAACCUUUGUUGCUCCAUCUGCAGUCGUCGCUUCAAGCAUAAGCAUCACCUUGUUAAUCACUUAGGUGUUCACAGACGCAGGGAUUACAUGGCCAGUGGAAGCAGUUAACUGGUCUGAAAAUUGUGUGGAAGGCUCUGAUGAAAGAAUUGGUUUAGAGGCAAGAUUUGUGUGCAAUAACUGCGGAAAAUAUUAUCACCUGAAUACUUCUCUCCAACGCCAUCUGCGUGUAGAAUGUGGACAAGAAGGAAGACAUGCAUGUUUCUCAUGUGGUCGCAAAUUUAAGCAUAGGUUUACUCUCGCAACACAUGUAAGAAGAAACAUCUGUGACAGAUUCAGGAACUUACAGUGAAAUAAGAGCAAUUUUGACUGUAAAAGGAUUUUACAGUGUGAUUGCAAGCAUUUCAAUAAAUCAAUAUCGCAUAUGAGGCA